AUUCGAAUAAAAUUUGUGUAUUCGACGCUGUAACCCAAUCCCUUAUAAUUAUAGCAGUCAAGCUCACAGAAUCAAGCACAGCUUCGAAUGCAACUUCAUUGCUGUAUGUUUCACUAGUGUUGGAGCAGAAUUAUAUUUUUUUACCGAGGGCGAAAUCAAGCGGCUGCUGCGGUGUUCAUCACUCGCCCAAUCGUCCGGAAUUUCCCGCUGAGUCAGGGAAUUCCAGUGGGUGGGAUUGGAGUGAAGGCUGGAGUUAGGGUUUGAAACCCUAUGGUUCAGGCGAUGGAUGAGGAGGAAAACAAAAUGGGUCUGAAAAGAGAGUCUAAACAUGCUGGAACCGCGGUUGAUUCGGGGGAUGAUGAGCCUAUUAGGUCACUGUUAAAGCUCAAGGGGAGGAAGGGCUCCAAGAGAAAUAGGGUGGCAGCAGAUGGUGGUGGACGAAAAAGUAAAAAGGUUGGGAAGGUGGAUUCUGAGGAUGAUGAAUCAGGUGGUAUGAAUGACACAUUGGCGAACUUCCGGAAAAAAUUGAGGGGUCCAAGAAAGGAGGGUGGAUCUGCAGUAGCUGCUGUGAAAGACUUGAGCAGCAAUGUGUCCGAGCCGCUCUGCCAGGCUCUUGAUGAGUCUGUGGAGGCCUGCAGAUCAGAUUCGAAUUUGACUUCUGAGACAAAGAGAAGAUGUCUGGUAAGCAAUGAAGGUGAAUCUUCUGGGGAUGCAAUGGUUAUGGAGAGUACAAAGAGGAAAACUAAAAGGAAAAAUAAGAGAUGCAAGGUCAAUUCAGAUGCAAAGAUAUUGGAAAACUCUGAAUCUAAUGAUUUGGGUUACAAUACAUCUAGGAUUGAUUCAUUGCAGCACAAGAAAGAGGAUGCUUCAGAGUUAAAGGGAGAAGUGUUGGAGGAUUCUAUAUCUGCCUACUUUCAGAAGGUGCAGUCAGGGAUGUCUGCUAAGUCACGCAUUUCUUCUAGAUUGAAACUGGCUAAGGUGUCAAAUGACGUGACAUACUCUGGUGUUGGCUCAGAAGCUCUUGUUGAUGAAGCUCUUCCUACUUCAAAACUCGUCCAGGAAAUCCUUAUACCCGAUGACAGAUAUGGUGCAGCAAGUGAGCAAGGUUCAUUAAGACCAACCUUGAUUGAAAAGAGUGUAUAUGAUUGUUUACCAGAAGACUUGAACUCUACCCUGGGGAAUCCAGCUGAUUCUAAGCAAGGACUUAUUUCUAGUACACCAGAUUCCAAUAAGAUACGGAAAUCCACUGACAUUGAGGAGAAUUCAUCUGUUAAUGUUAUCCCAAAAAACUCAGCUUUAAAAAGCAGUGCCCUAACAUCUGCUUCAAGCUUGAGGACCGAAUUUGCGGGUGAUAAAACAAAAUCUGAAUUCAUUGAGGAGAAGUCUGUGUUGGGGAAUGUCCCUCAUAAUUCAAAAAAUUUCCUUGAUAGACAGAUUGAUGUAGAUGGCUGUGCAGAAGCUGAGGAUUUGGGCACGCUGACAUCCUUGUGUGAAGGCACAACUAGAACUAAUGAGGCUGUCAAACAAGAUAAAGUGCUUGAUUAUGGUUUGCCACCAUCUACUUUUUACAAACCACAGAAGGAACAUCAUUCUGAAGAUCUUGAUGGCCCAGUUACAGUCAUAGGUAACUGCUGUGAAGUAGACCUUCAACCUUUGUUUUCACAAGGGGAAGAUGAUCAGGUGUCAGAAUGUCGGUCAUCGCCGGUGUCAGCUAGUGAAAACCAAAAACUUGAAGUGGCUUUCCGGAAGCACAAUGAUGAGUGCAAGGAAGUUAUUAUUGAAUCAGGGCACACUUGUGAACCUUCUCAUGUUCUGCUUCAAGGUGAUUGCAAGCCAAACCGUGAUGUUCCUUCUGCAGGUGAAGAGAUCAAUGAUAGUGCAUGCGAAGCUGAGCAGGAAACUAAGGAUACUUUAUCUGUUGGUCAGCGAGCUGCUCGGAAUGCCAAAAAACAAAGGCACGGCGACAUGGCUUAUGAUGGUGAUAUUGAUUGGGAUAUUUUGAUUCAGAGUCAAGAGUUGUUUGGAAGUCAUAGAGUGGAUAAAACAAGAGAAAAGCUCAAUCCGUUAUCAACUGCAAUGGAUGCUGAAAGUGGAAAAGCAGCAGCUAUUGCUGCGGGGCUUAAAGCUCGUGCAGUAAGCCCCCUUGAGAAAAUCAAAUUCAAGGAAGUUUUGAAACGCAAAGGUGGACUUCAGGAGUACUUGGAGUGCAGGAACCACAUAUUAAGUGUUUGGAACAAAGAUGUCAGCCGGGUUUUGCCGCUGACAGACUUUGGGGUGUCUGAUGCUCCUUUGGUUGCUGAAAGCCAACAUGCGUCUCUCAUGAGAGAGAUCUUUAUCUUUCUCGAUCAAUGUGGUUAUAUAAAUUUUGGAGUGACUUCUGUAAAGACAAAGCCAGCAAACUGCAUCAAGCAUGACUUGAAUGUUUCAACUGAGGAUGAGUUUGGAGAAAGUGCGGAGCUCCGUCUGCCUGAUUCAGACCAAGGAGUUUCCUUUAAUUUUGGGAAGGAAAAAAGUCGGGAGACCGGCAUAGGAGGACAUGAUGAGGAUGCAUCUGGGGAUGGAAACCUGAAAGGCAAAGUCGUGUUAGAUUAUGGGGUUGCAAAUAUUGAGGCCUUAGAAUCAUCUGCCCCGUGUAUUCCGCAACAAAGUCUGCAAGAUGAUAGUCUAGGGACUAAUGCACUUGAUCCUAAACCCUCCAAUGAAGCUGCUACUUCAGAAUAUACGGGUCUGCCAUGUAAAGAUGAGAAUGCGGAAAAAAUCCCUUCUGUCCAUCCUGAUUUACAGUUUGCUAGUGAGUCAGGAUCUGCUAUAACUAUAAAGCUCCCAAAAGGCGGGUCUGCCAUUUCUUGUGAUUCCUUUAAUGAUGCAUAUAACCAUAGAUGUAAUAAGUCAGGACCAAAGAAUAAUGUAAUAGUUAUUGGAGCUGGUCCUGCUGGCUUAACUGCAGCGCGCCACUUGCAGCGGCAAGGUUUUAUUGUCACAGUCCUUGAGGCUAGGAGCAGAAUAGGAGGUCGUGUUUUUACUGAUCAUGCAUCUUUAAGUGUUCCUGUAGAUCUUGGAGCUAGCAUCAUUACAGGUGUAGAAGCAGACGUGACCUCAGAAAGAAGACCUGAUCCUUCUUCCUUGAUUUGUUCUCAGUUGGGACUUGAGUUGACAGUGUUAAACAGUGACUGUCCCCUAUAUGAUACUGUGACUGGUGAGAAAGUUCCUGCAGAUCUGGACGAAGCACUGGAAGCAGAGUAUAAUAGCCUACUGGAUGAUAUGGAACUGCUGGCUGCUGAAAAGGGGGAACGUGCCAUGAAGAUGUCUCUUGAGGAGGGCUUAGAAUACAGCCUCAAAAGUCGGCGUAUGGCUUAUCAUGGAGAAGAUCAUGCGGAACUUAGACCUAUUAAAUCUCAAGAUAACUCCGUGGCUGCUGAAAGGAUUUCCACAGAUGAAGAAAAUCCCAAUUCUCAGGUUUCUAAACUAGAGGGCAUCAAUCCUCUUGAAAGAAGAGUCAUGGAUUGGCAUUUUGCUCACUUAGAGUAUGGUUGCGCUGCUUUGCUUAAAGAAGUCUCACUUCCAAACUGGAAUCAGGAUGAUGUAUAUGGAGGGUUCGGUGGAGCUCAUUGUAUGAUAAAAGGUGGUUACAGCACUGUUGUUGAAUCUCUUGCAGAAGGAAUUUGCAUUCACUUGGACCAUGUUGUUACGGAUAUUACAUACAUCCCGAAGGACUGUCUGACAAAUAAUGAACUUCAGAAAAGAGUUAAAGUUUCUACAUCAAAUGGGAAUGAAUUUUCAGGAGAUGCAAUCCUGGUCACCGUACCACUUGGAUGCCUGAAAGCAGAAACAAUCAAAUUCUCACCGCCAUUACCUCAUUGGAAAUCUAUCUCUAUAAAGAGGCUGGGAUUUGGCGUCCUAAAUAAGGUGGUCAUGGAAUUUCCUGAAGUAUUUUGGGAUGACAGUAUUGACUACUUUGGUGCCACUGCCGAAGUAUCAGAUCAACGUGGCAGAUGCUUUAUGUUCUGGAAUGUCAAGAAAACAGUUGGAGCACCUGUUUUGAUAGCCUUGCUUGUUGGUAAGGCUGCUAUUGACGGCCAGAAUAUUAAUUCUUCCGAUCAUGUUGGUCAUGCCGUGAGUGUUCUCCGAAAAUUAUUUGGCGAAGAUAAAGUUCAAGACCCAGUUGCCUCUGUAGUAACUGACUGGGGAAAAGACCCUUACAGCUAUGGUGCUUAUUCCUAUGUUGCCGUGGGUUCAUCUGGAGAAGACUAUGAUAUUUUGGGAAGGCCAGUUGACAAUUGUUUAUUUUUUGCUGGUGAAGCAACAUGCAAGGAGCAUCCUGACACUGUUGGUGGUGCAAUGAUGAGUGGGCUUCGAGAGGCUGUACGAAUAAUAGAUAUAUUGAAUGUAGGAACUGAUUACACUGCAGAAGCGGAGGCCAUGGAGGCUGCGAGAAGACACUCGGAUAUUGGAAGGAGUGAAAUAAAGGACAUUGUUAGGCGGCUAGAGGAUUUAGAUUUCUCUAGUUCAUUGUAUAAGAAUUCUUUGGAUGAGUCCGAGAUAUCAACUUGGGGUUCAGUACUGAAGGAUAUGUUUUUCACUGCAAGAACUACAGCUGGGAGAUUACAUCUAGCUAAAGAGUUAUUAAAACUUCCUGUUCGGUUUUUGAAGACCUUCGCUAGCACUAAAGAAGGCCUCAGCACCCUUAACUCAUGGAUUCUGGAUUCAAUGGGAAAGGAUGGAACCCAGCUCUUGCGACAUUGUGUCCGUCUACUUGUACUCGUUUCAAAGGAUUUGCUUGCUGUUCGUUUGUCAGGAAUUGGAAAAACUGUGAAAGAGAAAGUUUGUGUACAUACCAGUCGUGAUAUACGCGCAAUAGCUAGCCAGCUUGUGAGCGUGUGGGUUGAACUUUUCCGUAAGGAGAAGGCUUCUAAAGGACUGAAAUUACUUAGGCAGUCUACGCUGGAUUCGAAGAGCAAAUCUCCUGUUGUUUCUGGAAAGCCACCACUCCGCAUACAACAUACUGAUAGCAAGGCUUCCGGCCCUUCCACCAUAAGCACCAAGACACUGAUUGAUGAGCCUGUUCUACCAGGAACAAGAAUUAACCCAAAGUCAGAAACUCAGCUCUCCAACUCUAAUGGUUCAAGCAGGAAUGUCAUGGAGGAGGAAGGUGAUGUUAUAAUGUCUGAAGAAGAAAAGGCUGCCUUUGCUGCAGCAGAAGCUGCUCGUGCUGCAGCAAUUGCUGCUGCCAAGGCAUAUGCUGCUUCUGGUGCCAAGCAUAAUUCUUCGAUACAGGCUCCCAAAAUUCUCUCGUUUCACAAAUUUGCCAUGCGUGGGCAGCAUGGUAAUAUGGAUGAGUGUGACAGUAGAAAGAAUUGGUCUGGUGCUGCCAUAGGAAGACAAGAUUGCUUAUCUGAAAUAGAUUCUAGGAACUGCAGAGUGAGAGAUUGGUCAGUUGAUUUCUCUGCUACUGGUGUCAACCUUGAGAGUUCAAAAAUGUCGGUUGAUAAUCGUUCACAUCGGAGCCAUUCUAAUGAAAUUCCUAAUCAGUUGAACAUCCGAGAGCACUCUGGGGAAAGUGUAGCCGUAGAUAGCAGCAUACUGACAAAAGCAUGGGUGGAUAAUGCCGGUAGCGUAGGGAUUAAAGAUUACAGUGCUAUUGAAAGAUGGCAAUGCCAGGCAGCAGCUGCUAGUUCGGGCUUAUCUCAUGGGACAAUGCACAUAACAGAUGAGGAGGAUUCAAACAUGAGUUCAAAGAUGCAUCAGUGGAAACAUGAUCGACUGGCAAAUGAGAGUUCUGCCUCUCAAGUUACAAUAAACAAAGAAUCCAAAAGGAACCAGCCUAGAGGAGCAGAGCGUAUAAAGCAGUCAGUUGUGGAUUAUGUGACUUCAUUGCUUAUGCCCCUCUAUAAAGCGAGGAAAAUUGAUAGGGAAGGUUACAAGUCAAUAAUGAAGAAAACGGCGACCAAGGUUAUGGAGCAGGCUACUGAUGCUGAAAAAGCAAUGGCUGUUUCUGAAUUUCUUGAUUCCAAACGUAAAAAUAAGAUUCGUGCAUUUGUGGACAUGCUGAUUGAAAGGCACAUGACUAUGAAGCCAGGUGCGAAGUCGGGAUCUUUUGACAAAGAUUAAUUGGUGCACCUGUACACAGGAUCAAGAAGCUGUCAAAUAGUCUCUUACAGCUUGUGGUUAAUCCCAAAAUGAAGCUUCAAUGGUUGAUGGUUCUUGUGCUUGCAUCUUCCCUGAAUGUAAACAAAUCAUGGGAAAUAGCUAUUUUUGUUUGCCAUAAACGAUCAAAUCAUGACGACAUAGCAAAUCCCUCUAAAGUUGGAUGGGUGUCGUCUGGAUCUUAUAUACAAAUUUUCAUCCUCCAAUUGGAAAGUUGAUCUAGAAUUGCUUUUUUGGAAUUUGUUUCUCAUUCUUUUAACUUGUAUUUUAUGGGUAGAAGCUGAAGACCCCUAACCAUUUUCUUCAGGCUUAAAAGAGAAAUGAAUUGUUUUGUUACUUAUGUGUACAGCUUAGAAUUAUUUUUAUGGAAACAAGUAUACAGGGAGGGUCUGUCAGUAGCAUAGCUUGCUUAUGUCUUGGUUAGUUUUGGUUUAAUUGCUCACCAAAUGUAUAUGCUUGUUUUUCUUUUAAUGGUUAAAUUCUUCUCUUUUCCUUGUAAUAAUGUACAGAAUAUAACUCUAAUAAUAAGAAUGUCUUUGUUGCUCUUA